AUGGUAAAAAAGGAUGCCCAAUUGUCGUAACCAGGCUUGGGGCGAACAUCCAUCUCGCACAAAUUUGCAAGACUAUGACCACUCCUCAUUUCCCAUUAACUGCCUGAAGGAUCAUAAUUUCUUCACCAAUUAAUCUCGUGCUUAUAUACAAGUUAUGCAGCUAAACUAUCCAUUUUUUGUCGAUGUGGGAUGAAGCCUACUCAACUUUUCACAUGUUAUUAAGUUUUUGUUUUAAAUUGGUUGUAUGUCGUUACUCCGUAUAGUAUUAGUAAUCCAUUUUCUCUCUAUCCUGGCCAUUUCCAAUUAAACCUCCUCGAACUUUUUUGAUACAAGAAAAAAUGGCGCUUCGAACUCUGAUGAACAGAAAAACCCUAGCCUCAAUUUCUCCCAAACAAGCUUUAUAUCAAUGUCGAUCGUUGCAGACUUUCUCUCUUCCUGACCUCCCCUACGAUUAUGGUGCUCUUGAGCCUGCCAUUAGUGGCGAAAUCAUGCAGCUUCAUCAUCAAAAGCAUCACCAGACUUACAUCACUAACUACAACAAAGCUCUUGAGCAGCUCCAUGAUGCUAUGGUCAAAGGCGAUUCUUCUACUGUAGUUAAACUUCAGAGUGCCAUUAAGUUUAAUGGCGGAGGCCAUGUAAAUCAUUCAAUUUUCUGGAAGAACCUUGCUCCAAUCCAUGAAGGAGGAGGCGAUCCUCCGAAAACUUCUCUGGGUUGGGCUAUUGAUUCAAACUUUGGUUCACUAGAAGCUCUUAUCCAGAAAAUGAAUGCUGAAGGAGCUGCUGUACAAGGUUCUGGAUGGGUGUGGCUUGGAUUUGAUGCACAGUCGAAAAAGCUUGUGGUUGAAACCACUGCAAAUCAGGAUCCACUGGUAACAAAAGGGCCAAGUUUGGUUCCUCUACUUGGUAUUGAUGUGUGGGAGCAUGCCUACUACCUUCAGUAUAAGAAUGUCAGACCUGAUUACCUGAAGAAUAUCUGGAAGGUCAUGAACUGGAAGUAUGCAAGUGAAGUGUAUGAGAAAGAAUGUCCCAGUCACUAAGCUCUUAAAAAGAUGUACUUUAGUAGCGGAAUAAAACCGCUUGAUUUUGAAAGAGGAAACCCAUACUGGUUAGGUCUGCCUUAAUGUCUCAUCCUAGAACAGGCCAUUUUUCCUCGUUUAUUUGCCUUAUUUCAAUAUUCUGUAUCUGGUUGGGUUUUGUAGCACCUCCGCAUGUUUUCUUUUGACUACUAACGUGUUAUCUGUUCUCAAAUGAAUGUAUGGAAAACAUUGUUUUGGACUAAAUAAUCAAAUAAACUUAGUAAAGAA